GCCCCGCCCUCUCGGGGACACCGCGCCCGCCCGCCCGCCCGGCCGGCUCGCGCGGGAGCGCGGGGCCGGGAAACUUUGCCUUCCAUUGUGGUGUGCGAUCCUCGCGGGCGGAGGAGAGGAGCGUGUCCGUGGAGGAAAAAUGUCCUUCUUCAAUUUCCGUAAGAUCUUCAAGUUGGGCAGCGAGAAGAAGAAGAAGCAGUACGAGCACGUCAAGCGGGACCUGAACCCCGAGGAGUUUUGGGAGAUCAUAGGUGAACUGGGCGACGGAGCGUUCGGCAAAGUGUACAAGGCCCAGAAUAAAGAGACCAAUGUUUUAGCAGCUGCAAAGGUGAUUGACACCAAAUCUGAGGAAGAACUUGAAGAUUACAUGGUUGAGAUUGAUAUAUUAGCAUCUUGUGAUCACCCAAAUAUAGUCAAGCUUCUAGAUGCUUUCUAUUAUGAGAACAACCUUUGGAUCCUCAUUGAAUUUUGUGCAGGUGGAGCAGUAGAUGCUGUGAUGCUUGAACUGGAGAGACCUUUGACUGAGUCUCAAAUACAAGUAGUUUGCAAGCAGACUCUGGAGGCACUGAGUUAUUUACAUGAUAAUAAAAUCAUCCACAGAGACCUAAAAGCUGGCAACAUCCUCUUUACCUUAGAUGGAGACAUUAAGUUGGCCGAUUUUGGAGUGUCAGCUAAAAACACAAGGACAAUUCAAAGGAGGGAUUCCUUUAUUGGCACACCAUAUUGGAUGGCUCCAGAAGUGGUCAUGUGUGAGACAUCAAAGGACAGACCAUAUGACUACAAAGCUGAUGUUUGGUCCCUGGGCAUCACUUUAAUAGAAAUGGCUGAGAUAGAACCACCUCAUCACGAGUUAAAUCCAAUGCGAGUGCUGCUAAAAAUAGCAAAAUCCGAACCCCCUACAUUAGCACAGCCGUCAAGAUGGUCUUCAAAUUUUAAGGACUUUCUGAAGAAAUGCUUAGAAAAGAAUGUGGAUGCCAGGUGGACUACAUCUCAGCUACUACAGCAUCCCUUUGUGACUAUUGAUUCCAAUAAACCAAUUCGAGAACUGAUUGCAGAGGCAAAGGCUGAGGUAACAGAAGAAGUUGAAGAUGGCAAAGAGGAAGAUGAUGAUGAGGAAAUAGAAAAUUCUCUGCCGAUACCUACAAAUAAGCGUGCCUCCUCUGACCUCAGUAUUGCCAGCUCUGAGGAAGAUAAACUUUCGCAGAAUGCUUGUAUUUUGGAGUCUGUCUCAGAAAAAACAGAACACAGUGCUUCUGAGGAUAACUCAAGUAGCAAAGUUGUUAACGAAAAACCUUGCACUGAUGAGCCAGAAAAAACCGUGGAGGGUAUUGAGGAACAUGUGAGGGACACACAGGCAGGGGAUGUGACCGAGGGCCCUGACAGAGCGGCAGAACCCCGGGAGGAUGGCAGAAGGGAGAAGAGACCCAAGCUUGAUGGUCUGCCUGACGCAGAAGACCAAGAAAUGCUAGCUAUGAGUUCAGUCAGUGAAGGAAAAGAGAGUAAUGGGAUCACUUUAGAAACAAAUAUUAAACAUAAUUUGAAACCUGAGGAAGAGAGGGAUCAGGAAAAGCAACCACUGCUUGAAAAUAAACUUGUAAAAUCCGAAGAUAGUAAGGAUACCACUACUCAUACAAUUGAUUUAGUAUCUCAAGAGACUGGAGAAAAAGAGGUAGAUAUUCAUGUAAUUGACAGUGAAGUUGUACAUGCAAAGGAAGACACACAUGAGAAACUGGGAAAAGAUGGCAAAACAGAGGAAAAUGUGAUCAAUGAUGCAAAUGAUGUGGUGGGAAAAAGUCAAGAAAUAGAUGUUGCUCAGAAGACAGUUGAAAGCAGCACUGAGGGCGAACAGAGUGAGGAUGUGAAGGAAGCGGGUGAAGGAGCGCAGAAAUUCGUAAGGAAGGCCCCGGAGGGUCCUACAGCUAGUGGCACAGAAGAUGUUUCUCCUGUUACAGAAAUCACAGAGACUAACGGUGUAGAUCACAAAUUUGUGGAAAAUAAACAUGAGAAACAGUUGCCCAUCAAUUCAGAGCACUUGUUAGACACCAGUGGGAAACCAGAGACAAAUGCAGUUGAGGAAGCCACCGAGUCAAGCGGCACUGAAGCAACAGAGGUGAGAAGUGCAGCGACGGGCACCGGCGAGGAGGCUGUCGGGGGUGACACUCGGGGUGCUCACGGAGCUGUUCCUCCCACGGAUGCAGAGAAGGAAGAAGCCCCACAGGACGUGCCAAGGGCCGCGGAGCCCCACGUUCCUCCAGCUUCACAGCUCAGUGAGCCUCAGCCUGUUCCCGUUCCCAGUAUUAGCAUCAACUCUGAAGAUGCAGAGAAUAAAGGAGAAGCAGGUGCUUUAUCAAAAACUGAAACCGUACUGCUGCCAGAAUCUGAGAAUCAGAAGGAAAAUGAUACUGAUUCAGGAACUGGUUCCACUGCUGAUAAUAGCAGCAUUGACUUGAAUUUAUCCAUCUCUAGCUUCCUAAGUAAAACUAAGGACAACGGGUCGAUGUCUUUGCAAGAAACAAGAAGACAGAAGAAAACACUGAAGAAAACACGCAAAUUUAUUGUUGAUGGUGUAGAAGUGAGUGUUACAACGUCAAAGAUAGUUACAGAUAGUGAUUCUAAAACAGAAGAAUUGAGGUUUCUUAGACGUCAGGAGCUUCGAGAAUUAAGAUUUCUUCAGAAAGAGGAGCAAAGAGCUCAACAGCAACUCAAUGGCAAACUACAGCAACAGCGAGAACAAAUUUUCCGGCGCUUUGAGCAAGAAAUGAUGAAUAAAAAGCGACAAUAUGACCAAGAAAUUGAGAAUCUAGAAAAGCAGCAGAAACAGACUAUUGAACGACUCGAACAAGAGCACACAAAUCGCUUGCGAGAUGAAGCCAAACGCAUCAAAGGAGAGCAAGAAAAGGAGCUGUCCAAAUUUCAGAAUAUAUUGAAGAAUCGAAAGAAGGAGGUUUUAAAUGAAGUGGAGAAAGCACCCAAAGAUCUGAGAAAAGAGCUCCUGAAACGCAGGAAAGAGGAGCUUGCACAAAGCCAGCAUGUUCAGGAGCAAGAUUUUGUUCAGAAGCAACAGCAAGAAUUAGAUGGCUCUCUGAAAAAGAUCAUCCAGCAGCAGAAGGCAGAAUUGGCCAACAUUGAGAGGGAGUGCCUGAACAACAAACAGCAGCUCAUGAGAGCUCGAGAAGCUGCAGUUUGGGAGCUUGAAGAGAGGCACCUGCAAGAAAAACACCAGCUGCUCAAGCAGCAACUUAAAGACCAGUACUUCAUGCAGCGGCAUCAGCUACUUAAGCGCCAUGAGAAGGAAACAGAGCAGAUGCAGCGUUACAAUCAGCGGCUCAUUGAAGAACUGAAAAACCGACAAACUCAGGAGAGAGCGAGGCUGCCCAAGAUCCAGCGCAGUGAAGCCAAGACUCGCAUGGCCAUGUUUAAGAAGAGUUUGAGAAUCAACUCAACAGCCACACCCGAUCAGGACCGUGACAAAAUUAAGCAGUUUGCUGCACAAGAGGAAAAGAGGCAGAAAAAUGAGAGAAUGGCACAGCAUCAGAAACAUGAAAAUCAAAUGCGGGAUCUUCAGCUGCAGUGCGAAGCCAACGUCAGAGAGCUGCAUCAGCUGCAGAAUGAAAAAUGCCACCUGUUGGUUGAACACGAGACUCAGAAACUCAAGGAGUUAGAUGAAGAGCACAGCCAAGAAUUGAAGGAGUGGAGGGAGAGACUGCGGCCUCGGAAAAAGACACUAGAAGAAGAGUUUGCCAGGAAACUGCAAGAACAGGAAGUGUUCUUUAAAAUGACUGGAGAGUCGGAAUGCCUUAACCCGUCCACACAGAGCCGGAUUUCCAAAUUCUAUCCUAUUCCUAGCUUGCAUUCUACUGGAUCAUAACAGUGGAAAUACUCUGUUGGGUUUGGCCUUUAAGAUAUGUUAUUCUGUUCUCUUCAUCUUCUGCCACAGUCUGUAUCAAAUAGCUCACAAAGACAAUCACCUGACUCACCUUCUAGGUGUUUUUUUUGUU